UGCAACACGCAAACUAACCUUUUAAAUCUGCAUUCAAUAGCUUGACGUUUUCAUUAGUGGGCCCCAUGCACUAGCCCUGUGAUUGGUUGGAUUCACAGACAGUCUACGGCUACUUCCUGGAUGAGAUCAUGGCUGCGACUAAACAAUACAUUUUAAAACUGCUUUUGAUUCAAGCAAGCUGUAACAACGGGUGAUGCUGUGCUACAUUUAAACACUGUUUUAUUUUUUCUCGAUACAUUUAGCUGUCGAACAUAAAAGCGUCUCGUGUUGAUCGUUGCUUGCCUACAUGUAGCCUACUGUUGGAUCUCAAAGUUGCUGUUGUUGAAUAGCUGCUACAAUGUAACAAGAAGUCAACAUCUCCCAGCGUCCUCCCCUGACACGUCAAAGUGAGGUGAUACCUUGUAGCAUGAUGUCAGUCAAAUAUUUUUGACAAACAACCCGAAAGUUAGUGUAGUCCAAGUUGUGACUCCACUUGUGGUUUCUCUGAAUUAUAUCGAUUCGUCAUUGAAUUUCACUGUCUUUCAGAUAGUGUUGAAUUGAGAGAACGCAAUGGAUAAUGGACGACAAAGCCGUGUUUCACGGCCUCAACAGAUAAUUGAGUCAUCCAAGGUGUACCGUUGGGCUGAGCAAGCUGACUUCCUCCUGCAGGGUCUGAAUGAGCAGCGUCAGCACGGCCAGCUGUGUGACAUGGUGCUGGUGGCUGAUGAGCAGCGUAUCCCAGCCCACCGUGCCCUGCUGGCUGUCUCCAGUCCUUACUUCCAGGCCAUGUUCACCCUGGGCAUGAGGGAGGAGCGUCAGGCAGAAGUGGAGCUGGUGGGGGCUUCCUACAUCGGCCUCAAGGCUGUGGUGGACUUCCUCUACAGUGGGGAGCUGCCUCUGGAUGGAGGGAACAUUGACUAUGUUCUGGAGACAGCCCACCUGCUGCAGGUGUGGACGGCAGUGGACUUCUGCUGCCAGUACCUAGAGAAGGAGGUGAGUGAGGAGAACUAUCUAUACCUGCAGGAGCUGGCUCUGCUCUACAGCCUGGAGAGACUAGACACCUACAUUGACCACUUCAUCCUGGAACGCUUUGCAACCCUCUCCUUCACCCCAGGCUUCCUGAGGGAUGUCCGGCUGCCCAAGCUCAGCUCCUACCUGGCCAGCGGGCAGGUCCAGCAUGAGAAUGAGCAGGCUCUGCUCCAGGCUGCUCUUCAGUGGCUGAGCCACAUGCCUGACCGCCCUGCACACGCCCGCCAGCUGCUCUCCCACAUACGCUUCCCCCUAAUGCCAGCCAGUGACCUGGUGGGGCGCGUCCUCCCGGCUGUACAGGCCCUGCUGCCCCCGGAGGCUGACUGUGAGGUGCUGGUGGAGGAGGCUCUGAACUACCACAACAGGGCCAGUGCCCAGCCCGGGCUGCAGACAGGCCGCACCAUGCUGCGAGGAGGGGAGGAGCGCCUCCUAUUGGUGGGUGGGGAAGUGUCAGAGCGYGGGGAGGAGCUGACUGCAGAUGUUAGCUGGCUGGAUGGAGACUCUGGUGAAUGGAUGGUAGAGACCCAGAUCCCGGCACAGAGGAGCCACCACUGUGUCGCUGUACUGGGGGGGUUCAUCUUCACAGCUGGAGGCAGCUCAUCAAGAGAUAAUGGAGGUGAUGCUGCCAGCAACCUGCUGUACCGCUACAACCCCCGCGACAACCAGUGGAUCAAGGUAAAGCCAAAGAUACUGAGUGCCCCAAUGAAUCAGCGGCGUGUGGAUUUCUACCUGGGAGCCGUUGGGGAGUGUCUGAUCGCUGUGGGAGGGCGUAAUGAUAACGGGGCUCUGUCGUCAGUGGAGGUGUACAGCCCUGCAGACGACUGCUGGACAUAYGUAGCAGGACUGCCCAGGUUCACCUAUGGCCAUGCAGGCACAUCUGAUAAAGGAGUGGUCUAUAUCUCAGGUGGCCAUGACUACCAGAUUGGGCCGUACCGGCGAGACGUGUUAAGCUACGACCCCCGAGGAGGAGACGUCUGGGUGGAGCGCCAGGCCAUGUCAUCGGCACGGGGGUGGCACUGCAUGACGUCACUUCACCACCUCAUCUAUGCAGUCGGAGGCAGUGAUGACCACGAGGAGAGCAUUGAUCGUUUUGACAUCCUGGCAGUGGAGGCAUUUGACCCCCAGAGUGAACAGUGGACCCGUAUAGCCCCCCUCCUCCAGCCUAACAGUGAGGCGGGCUGUGGGGUCUGGGGAGGUAAGAUCUAUGUGCUGGGGGGCUACAGCUGGGAGAGCAUGGUGUUCUCACAGGCCACACAGGUGUUUGACCCUGACAAGGGCCAGUGGGUGCGGGGCCCAGAUCUGCCAAAACGCAUUGCAGGGGCUUCAGCCUGUGUGUGCUCAGUGAGACCCCAGCCCUGCAGCCCAGACAGGAAGAGGGCAGGACACAAGGGGAAAGGCAGGCAUAACCCCACCCACCCCAACUAAAGAGGAUACAGAGGACUGCAGAGGAUGGAAGGGGUGAAAAGAGCUGUGUAACUACCAAUGGAACUGUCAGUGGAUUACAUAUAAUAUCAUCUCUAAAAGCACACAAUAGGACUGGUUCUGUAUCAGCUGGUUUGUGAAGGCUUCCAACAUGCCUAACACUGGGGACUGUGUGAAAAAUGUCUUGAUUUGCUUAGUAUUACAAUUAAAGCAUAAUCUGUGUUUUAACCUAAAA